AUGACACUUAGAUUCCAAAACUACAAUAAUGAUGUUCAAGGAACUAAUCAUAAUAUUGAAGUAUUUAGUUCUGUUUUUGAAUACCAAAUUACUUGUCCAAUUUUUGUUGAGCAACAAAUCGAUUUAUCUGUUAUUACAUGCUCCUUUGUUACAUGUAGUAGUUCAAGAACCAUGGAUUUCAUUUCAACAAGAACUCCAUCUACUGUUGGCUUUGACGGCAAAAUUUUUAAAUUUGAAUACAUUUCAAUUUAUCAUUGCUCAUCAACGAACAUUGGUACAACAGUUUCACGUUCUGAUAAAUUACAAACAUAUGACCACAUUUCAUGUGAUUCCUGCUCAAAAUCGAUUUCUGGAUUAAAUCCAAAUAGCGGAUCAUGUAGUUUAUCAGAAAUUAAUAUUUCUAAUUUUGUUGCAGCAAGAGGAAACGGGGUGAUCUUUAUUGGAAAUAAUCCAAUAGCAUAUAGAGCUUCACUUAUUAACAUCGUUAACAACUCUUUGCAAUCUGCCUAUUUCCCUAGUUCUAGAGACAAAGCCACAGAAAAUAUAACAAUUGAUGCCAAUUUUAUAAACAAUAAAUGUAAUACUUCAUUAUUGCACUUAUGGCAAAAUUCUCAUUUGUAUGAAAAUUUAUGUAUUUUUCAAAAUACAUUCCCAACUUUAGUUACUGCAGAUGAUAGUGUUAGCCCUGUAUAUACUAUAAUAGAUUCUUUAACAGAUAAUAGUACAUUGUCGGAUAUUUUAGAAGUAACAGAUUUUACAACGAACUUAGUUCCAGAUUUCACUAUUCUUUUCAGUCCAGUUCCAAUAUACAUCUCAGUCUGUGUUUGUCAAACACGCUUUAAUUUCAUUCAUUUUAUUAAUGUAAUUAUCAUUUUAUAA